AACGAAAAACCCCUGGUUAUUUUCCUCUGUUUUAGGACUAAAUAUCCGUGAAGUGUUACAUGAGGAUGAACAUGGAUCAAUUGAAAAAUCCAUUGCAAAGCUGAUACUUGAUGCCAAACGAAAGAGACGCUUGGCUGAUCGUCCUGCGAAAGUUCGACUGGGAAUUAUGCGUUAUGUAUAUAUAGUGAUUGAUUGCUCAUUUGCGAUGACCGAUAGUUCGUUAUCUCCAACACGACUUGCUGUUUCGCUGAAGGCGCUAAACCAAUUUCUGGAUAAAUUUUCCGAGCAGAAUCCAAUAUCACAAGUGGGCAUUAUCAUAUGCAAAGAUAAGCGAGCUGAACGUCUUAUUCCUCUUACGGGUAAUGUUCGAUUGGUCAAGGAAUCAUUGUCCACUCUGUCCGAGGCGUUAUGCCAUGGCGAAUUCUCGUUGCACAACGGUUUGAUGGUAGCCAUUAGGAGUUUGCAAUACAUUGAUCAGCUGUAG